AUGCUUGCCUGCUGCUCGUCGAAGGCUUCCACCUGGCAUCCCUAUAAUAUCGAACUCCCCGAGGAGACCGCCGAAGAGGAAGUCGAUAAUACUCAGGAGAUCCAGAUCGAAGAGGCGCUGAAGCUGUACCAAACCGCCCUCAAAUACCAUUCCGAAGGCCCUUCCUCCUUCGACAAGACCGCCGCCGCCUACAAGGCCCUCUUCGAAUCAGAGAUCUUCAAAUACGCCGAAUCUCUCUCUGAAUACCAGCGACAUCAAGUCUUUGGCGAGGACCUGGUGUUCGACACCAUCUUGGAGGAUGACUACGAGGCAGGGCCCGUUCAGUCUACAGGCGCUGCCGAUAGCGCCCCCAACACACUUCAGCAGAUACUACACCUAUCAUACAAGAACCAUGGCCAGUUUUUGCUCGAGGCGAUGCAGCAUUGGAUCACCACAAGUGGUGCGGCACUUCCGAGGGAAGCGUGGAACAACACCCGUGGUGCUCUAAACUACUUCGCAGAGGCGCUGGACAAAGAAGAUACCGAUCUCGAUCUCUGGUUACGCACUGCAUCUGUCGCGGCUAUGCUAGGCAGUAAGCGUCUUACUCGCUACUGUCUGGAGGCUGUCUUGGACGGCAAUGAUGAACAAUGGGAGAAUCUGUUGCGUCUUCCUGGCCUUGAGGAAGGUUUUGCCGGACAACAACUGCGGGAGCUUGUGGAGCGUUUGGAGGAUAAUGUCUCCUUGAGCCAGGCACCAAUAUCCUCGAUCAAACGCAAAAAGCUGUCCGAGACGCUGAAGAUGCGUUUAAAUCCUUUCCCAUUUGCGCCUCUUCCAGCCGAUGUUGCCCUUGCUGAAAGCCUACACAACAUCAAGACGGGUUCGGAGAGCGUAACCUUGACUCCUACCAAAUGGGAUUGGGCAGGCGUGGGUGAAAUCAUUGUGCGGCAGUUCCAGGCGGAGCAACAGGGCAUGACACCCAACGUACCUUCAGGAUCGAAUAUAGUCUUCAGCAUACCACCCGAGAGCGAGACCCCCGAGCGCAUCGAACCCGACACUAUACAGGAAACCGUAUCGCCUGCACCUGAAUUAACACCACCACCCCAGAUCGAGGAGCCUAUAGCUAGUGCUGCUGACGUGGAAACUGUCACCGAGAAGGAUGGCGAAGAUACCAUAAUGGAAGAGCAGGAUGUCGAGAGCGAAGUCAAAAACGAGGAAAUAGCGCCUGCUGGUCCUUCUAAUGUCGCACCAGUUCCAUCACGCAAGCGAUCCACAGACUCUGCCGGUCUGCCCGAAACUGCAGAAGGGGGAAGAUCGCGCAGUAAACGUAUUCGAGGUCGAGAGAGCUUGAUUGAACCAACUUCUGGCGGAGCAGCUCAGGAGGCGAGCAAGCAGCUGGAUGCACAACUCGAAACAUAUACGUACACAGACCAAUGUCGCUACGAGAUUCUUAAAGACACGUAUGCGCGACUCGGUGUCGAAGGCAUCAAAGACCCUGAGGAACUACGCAAGCUGGUCACAGCGCUCCCGGAUGCAAACGCUACGGAUCCUAUCGACAAAGCGGCAUGCGAUUUCUUCACAGGACUACGAAGUGGGCAUAUCAAAGUUGCCCAAAUACUUCUCAGUUCCGAGUCGUUUGAUCUCCUUGGAGCGACUAGAGAACAUGGGCUGAAUGCGUUUCUCGGUUUCUCUAAAGCAACCUCAAGUCAAGCCUCUAGCAAACCUCUGUUGGGCAGCGAGGGGUUGAAUGCCUUCGCAAGGUCUGUCAACAAUGGUUGGCUUCCUAUUCAAGAAGUCGCGUUCGGUUGGAUUGAAUCUCUGUUCACACCGGGAUUCUGCUCACAGCUAAGAGAUCAGUCAAGCUACGUGCAGUUCAGAUGGGCCGAGGACCUCAAGCGCAACGUUGUGCAAGUCAUUGUUCAUAUCGAUGAGUACAUUUAUGAACGCAUGGUUGAGCGCGUCGACAGCCUUAAUCGACGCAUGCUGGGCGCUACACAUCAGUCUCAGGUGUAUGAGCUUUCCGACUUUGACAAUUCGCAGAUAGAAAUUGUGGAGACGUUGUUCGAGCUGCAUCUUGACAUCUAUUCCUUGAUCAAGCAUCCACAAAGUGUAAUAGACACUAGAACCCAAGUCCUUCAAAGUGACCGUCUGGAGCGAUGGUCUUUGCUCGCGCGAGAGGCUCUACAACUACGGUCUGACUGUCGACCAAGUCAGGGCACCGAUGAUCUAACUCUGCGCCACAUUUGGGCGACGGUCUUCCAAAUGAGUGUUAAUAACGAGGUAGCACCAGAACAUGUAUUGUCUGCCAUGGCGGAGUUGAAGGAUAUGUUCGAGCCUUUGGGCGAUCAUACGAUUCAAUUACAAAACAAUGCUGUCAUGCCGGAAUUGUCGGUGGCUGCUAUUGAGCAAGAACUCGUGCGCAUCAGCAUGAAAGACUUCUUCCUGAAGGUCUUCGACCAGGAGGAACAGGAUCCAGUAACGGUCGUAGAAAGCCUGGAACCGAUCUUGGAGCUUGCGAAUGCUACUGAGCUCAAUACACCCCCGAAGCCAGAUGGAACGGAACAUGGCGGCACUGAUACAUCCAUCUCGCCCUCCACAAGUACCAACUCCGAGCAGCAACUUGAUCGCGCUUCACCCAUCUUGGAGAUGCGCAAAUUUCUGGAUUCUGCGAACGUCAACGUCCGGCUCUCCCUUUGGAACAGAUUACGUGUCGCUUAUGAGGCUAUCGAUUAUCCUUCCAAAGUUUUGUCAUGCUUCCUCCGGAGCAUUGAGGCCCUCGUGACGGAUCUGAGGUCUACGACUUUCCAGGAACUUCCAGUACUAGACCGGCAACAUAAGCUGUUGACCCGGUACCGGGUCAUCGACGACAUGGUUGUAAAAAUCAUUCAGAUCGUUCGAGAUAAUGAAGCACCAUUCGCAUCCAUUCCAUACGAGCAUGUUCAAUCGUCCAUGUCAGCUAUCACCGAGCUGUUGCACAUCAUGUCAGCGGCAGACAUGCUCCGAGACCUGAUUCGCGUCAACCAUAUUCCUAUGCCUAGAGUCGAAUCCCAGCCAAGCUCAGCAUUUGUCAACAUGAUGUCACGGCUUGACGACAUUCACCUACGACUCUGGAUAUUGCAGUACCACUUACUCAAAGAUGGGAUGUCUCAAGAAUCGGAAGCGUUCCCCAAUCCGUCGGAUGAUUUGUUCGAGUACAUUCGCCAUGUGCACCAUGCCACAGGUGUGCGUAGUUUCUGCCAUCUUUCCAACCGCCAAUUCUUGAGGCUUGCGAAAGACGAGCUGCUACGCAUGGACGAUAUUACCGAUGGCCCUAGUCAUGCCACCGAGCUCUGCCAGAUACUCAACGAUCUGUACGGAUUGAAGUUGUUCGUUGAUCCUCUGGAAUGUCAGAACUUCCAGACCACAACAGACGUACUUGACAAGAAGACUGCCUUUAGUAUAUUGUCUUUCACGAUGUCGCAAGCUGCAAAGGUCGAUCUCAAGGACCUACCCAAGCACGAACUCAAAGGCACCAUAGAGAAGGUCCAUGCUGCUCUUGGCCGACCUAAGCAGAACGAGGACAUCACCUUCAACCGCAAAGUCAUAUCUAGUUACUUCAAAUCGCCCGUCAAUCCUGUAGCACUUUUUGGAUGUCUCAAAGGUGUUGGUUCGCUCGCCACAAAGCACAUCCCCCCUGAGGAAGCGGUAGCCGCAUCGAAGGGAUGGUACUAUAUGAUGGGCAACAUGGCGCUGAGCAAGUUCCGAUCACAGAAACGUGUAACCCAAGGACCAACAGAAGACCUCAACUACGCCCAAGCGUUCUUCGUGCAGGAUCUGGAGCAUUCCAUCGAACGUUGGGAGACCUGGUAUCGUCUUGCCCAAGCCAACGACACGCAGCUCGAAGAAGCCGUGUCCUGGAACGCGGAUAAGAUGAACAGUAACAGCGCUGAAGUGGUUAAUUUCCAACGUGCGGCGAUCAACUGUUACAUCAUGGCUGUGGCAUGCGCUACUCGCGAUGCUGACGUAGCGCCGGGAACCCAAAGCAAGAUCGCGCAGAUGUACACUGAGUUCGGGAAUCGUAUGUACGCGUCGUCCAGGGAGCCGUUUGGUAUGGAGGCAUUCCAGAUUCGCGAGAGUGAGAAACGAUUCUGCAAUCUACAAACGAACGCGUCCUUGUACAAGGAGGUUGUUUUCGUUCCGUUGCAUGCCUACACUGCUUGGAAGUUCGCAAGCACUCUUUACAAGAGAGCUAUCAAAGGAAAUCCGAAUAAAUGGUGGAACCACUUCAUGCUUGGAAAGUGUGGGUGGAAGAUGUGGUCGGCCAAUGAUAGCGCCUUGCAGUAUGGGAAAUCAAUAGGUGCACCGCUGGGCCCUCAAAAGGGGCCCACCUGGGAAUCUGUCGUGGACGCCUUUGUGAGCGCCAUUGAGACACUGCCAGGGAAGAAGGGCCGCAGCGGCGAGCCUGUCCUCGAGCCGCACUACAAGCUCGUAUCCAUCACACACAAGUUACACCAGCGUGGAGCCAUCAACUACGAAAAGGGGCCUGAGAUCCUUGCAAACACUUCCUAUGCACAGAAUAUCAAAGCCCCAGAGAACGAAGGGGACUGGCAGCGAUACAUACUCGCAGUCUUGAAGUCACUGCGCGCAGCCGACAAGUCAAGCUGGCACCAUCGGAUCAUAUCUCGCGUUGCUCAUAUCAUCUACGAUACCGGUAGAGAUCCGGCAACUGCUAGUGAGGCUAAACACGAACUCACCCAGCAAAUGUUCACCAAAACCAUGGCUGUCCAAGUCUGGAAACCUGAGAAUGAGCGGCCUGGUCGGCAUUUUGUCUACACCACUCGGUACACCAAGUUCUUCAUUGAACUCCUGGAUCUCACUGGAGACAAGACCAACUUCGAGGCUCUUGCCAAGCGUGUAAGGCGGAAGCAGACUGACUUCUUCGAGCACCAAAAGCUGUGGCAGGACUUGUGUCUACGAUACAUCAGAAUGCUGCGAAAGAUGGGUAGCGUACCUGAAGGCCAAGAAGACUCUGCUUUCAAGUCCGUCAACCACGACGAGUUUAACACCCUGGCUCUUCGCUUGGAAGCGUGGUGUCAGAAUCCAGAGACGCAGCAUCCCGUGUUGGACAUUCUCCGUGAUGCCAUUGAGCUCAAGCGUCUGAACAACGGCAUGAUGAAGCCCCUUCUUAUCGAUGAUCUGAUUGGCGAUGCGUACGCAAUGCUAUACACCUCGAUCGGGCCUGCGCUACCCCCCUUACAGUCAGAGCAACAACCACAGCCGCCUGUGCAGCCUACCCAACCUCACCCGUCUCCUUUUGCUCCCAAUCCAGCUUCUGCAGGUGCUGUACCUAUAUCCUCGUUGAUGCAGGUCCAGGUCGAUGGAGCUGCUGAUGGAAGCUCUGGCACGCCGUUCAGCAUGUAUCAUCCCAACCAGCUCCAGCCACAACAUCCGCCUUCCGCACCCCAGAUGCCACCGCAACCCGAACAGGUCCCGAAACCAAGAGCCAAGGCUGUGGGUCGCAGGGAGAUCGCUCGUCGAGCCGAAGCAUGUGUCCAAAAAAUCGCCAGUACACCUGCUCAGCCAACGUCGAUGCCGAUCCGAUCGCCUGCGCCUGGUGACACCACGAUUCCUUCUAUUGUUGGACAAGCGGCAUCACCCGAAACCGCCGCACAACCCGCACCUGGACCGAGCACAUCUGCUGAACACCUACAGCCCACGUUCGACAAGAGUGGCACGGACACUGCAGCUGCCAGUAUAAAUAACGACGAGCCCGAACGCAGUGCGCCAGCCUCUAUCCACGAUGACGCCGACGACGAGAGCGAACUCAGCGAACUGGACGAGGACGAAGUUGAGGAGAUUCAUCAAGAAGUUCAAAACGACAAUCUGCGUCGAUCUGUAUCCAUCGCUGGCAAACCUCUGUUUCCCAAUCUGGCAGCUAGUCGAGCUAGCCCUGUAGAGAAGAGAACUGAGACGGUUUCAGGAGAGGGCAAUGCUGGGUCAAAGAGUGCGCCAGUAGAUGACGACGACGAAGAUACUAUCCACGUCAAUGUACGUGGUGCUGGAAAGAAGGACGUGGAUGAAAUGGACGUUGACACUGAGAAGUAG